CGCUAGUUGCAAAAUGAGACAUGGAGUCCGGUGGGAAAGUGUCUAUUUCUCAGCUUCGAAAUUUAGUUCGAAGUUAUAUCGAUCAACACUUGUAUCCGACAGCUUUAUUUUGGGCUGAGAAAGCUAUGUCUUUAUCGAACAAUGAGCUGCAGGAUGUGUACUGGUUUUGUCAAGCCUUGUUCUAUACGAAACAAUAUGAUAGGGCGGUGCAUGCUUUAACUAGCAGAGGGCUUCACGAGAGCAAUUUAGCAUGUCGCUAUUUGGUUGGUAAGUGCUACGCUGAGUGCAAAAAGUGGCAAGAAGCUUUGGAUGUCCUUGAAAUGGAAGAAAAAUGUUCAAAAAUUAGUUUCUCUGUGGAACUUGGCGCGGGCAGCAAGAAACUUGACGCCGCUAUUCAAUUGUUAAGGGGGGUAGUCUAUGAUGCUAUGGACAAUGGUCCAAUGGCAAGUGAUUGUUAUAAAGAAGCCUUAAGAAAUGAUGUUCACUGUUAUGAAGCAUUUGACAACUUGAUGUCACAUUUUAUGCUCAUGCCUAAUGAAGAAGCUGAUUUUCUGAAGUUGUUGCCUUUUGAUGAGCAGUGCCUUCCUGAGGAGAUUCCAUUGCUAAAAUACCUGUACGAAAUCAAAAUGCAAGAAUGCAAAAAAGUUGUCAAACCACCAUCUCCAUUUGAAAGGUUAAGCAAUAGCUUGGAUGUUACUCUCUGUGUUGCUCAAAAACAAUUCUCUAAAUGUGAUUUUCAAUCAUGUUAUAAAAUGACAAGCCAGAUAAUACAAGAAGAUUCACUUCACAAUGCCUGCUUACCAUUGCACAUUUCUUGCAUGGUGGAGCUCAAGAAAUCUAAUGAUCUUUUCUUCCUUGCUCAUAAGCUGGUUGAAAAUUAUCCACAUCAAGCUGUUUCCUGGUAUGCAGUUGCUUCCUAUUACUACCUUCUCUCAAAGUAUGAGGCGGCCAGACGAUUUUUUAGCAAAGCCACAACCAUUGAUCACAACUUUGGACCAGCUUGGAUUGGAUUUGGUCAUUCCUUUGCUGUGGAAGGUGAACAUGAUCAUGCAAUGGCUGCCUAUUUUUCUGCAUCUAAAUUAAUGCCUGGUUCCUAUCAACCGUUACUUUAUGUGGGAAUGGAAUACAUGAAAACUAACAACUCCAAGUUGGCAGAAAGAUUUUUUAAUCAAGCAUUGACCAUUGCUCCUGAUGAUCCGUCUGUGAAACAUGAACUUGGUCUAGUUGCUUUCAAAAAUGGUAAUUUUGCUAAGGCAGAAAAAUGCUUCCUUGAAGCACUUCAUUCUGUGGAGGGAUUGAGUGAAGGCAUUGUCCUGGAUACAUGGGAACCGUUGGUAAAUAAUCUUGGUCAUGCCCUUCGUAAACAAGGAAAAUAUGAUGAAGCCCUAGAAUAUCAUCAACAGGCAUUGCUGUUGGUGCCACAAAAUUCCCAAACACUUUCAUCAAUAGGCUUUGUGUAUAGCUUACUUGGGAAGUAUGAGGAUGCAAUCAAUUACUUUCAUAAGGCAUUAAGUUUAAGGAGAGAUGACACAUUUAGUGUUCAAAUGCUUGGCCAAACAUUGGAACAGUUUUCCUUAGCCGUCCUGCCAGAUGUUCCAGAGGAACAGUUACAUAGUUCUAUUGAUGUUGAAGAGAGAAAUGUUCAAGAAAGUGAAAAUUUUGAUACUAGUAUUGAAGAUAUGAGCAUGGAAACAUAACUUUGAUUUCUGUGCAAACUAUAUGCAAUCAUAUGUUUGAUUGAAAUGUUGCAUAAUUUCCAGAGAAACCAUCAUUAAUUUCAUAAAAUUAUAUUUACAUACAGGCUAAAUGAAGAAAAAUUAUUUUUGACAUAAAAGUUCCAGAAACUUGUAGUAGUUAUAUUUUAUGUCAUAUUGCAUGUCAUACCAGAAGUUUAUAGCAAUAGCCCCAUGUGUUUGUUGGACAUGAUGAAACCAUAAAGAAGGGAUAUAAAGAAUGUCACCUUUCUCGACAACACAUGUUAUUGACUUGGCAUUUGCGAAUUCAGGGUAUAAUUUAAGGUCAGGAUUUAAUGGAUCCACUGGUAUCCAAGGAAUAUUGCUAUUGUUCUCAUCAAUUACAUCAAAUUUGCUAAAUUCA